UUCUAGACUGUGAGGCAUCGAAUUUUGUCAGUGUGUUACCUACACUCACCAGGCGGUUCACUUGGAAACAUCAGAACUACUACCAUCAUGAAGAUCUGGACCUCUGAACACAUAUUUAACCACCCAUGGGAGACCGUCACCAAAGCUGCAAUGCAGAAGUACCCAAACCCCAUGAACCCCAGUGUGGUUGGGGUGGACGUCCUAGACAGGAGCGUGGACGCCCAGGGACGGCUCCACAGCAAAAGACUACUAAGCACAGAUUGGGGUCUUCCAUCCAUAGUCAAAUCGUUCAUUGGUAACACACGGACAUGCACUUACAUCCAGGAGCACUCAGUUGUGGACCCCAGAGAAAAGACACUAGAGUUGCAGUCAGCCAAUAUCACUUUUACAAACAUGGUUUCAGUUGAUGAGAGGCUCAUAUACAGGCCGCACCCAGACGACCCAGAGAAGACGGUACUGACACAAGAGGCCCUCAUCUCGGUGAAGGGAGUGAGUCUGAGUAGCUACCUGGAGGGAGUCAUGGCUACUACCAUCUCGACAAAUGCGGGCAAGGGUAGGGAAGCAAUGGAGUGGGUUAUCAUGAAGCUGAACACGGAGAUCGAAGAACUUGCCGCCACGGCCCGUGGAACCAUGCGAGCCCCCAUGGCAGCGGCGGUCACUGAGAAAUGACCCUUCCCCCCUCCAUUACCUCUCUAACAUCUCUCACUCUUUCUCUCUCAAUUAUUUCUCUCUCUCUCUCUCUGUCUGGGGACUCUUCUCCUGUGUCAGCACUGGCGACCAACCCCCUUCUGUGUUGCUCAUACCUCCACUUGCGUUUAUUUAUUUUUUUUCCAUUCAUGGAAAGGCACUCUAUCCAUCUCCCUUCAUCAGGCCUCUACAUUAGACGCCGAAGGGAUACAUGAAUGGCAACACACAAGGAGGCUGAUCUCAUACCACAGCCUCAAGACAGAAACUCUCGUGCCUGCCUUUGGGUGGACACUUAAGGACUAGAACUCAUACAGGUCACAGGGUAGGAAGGGGAAGUGGAUAUGCAAUAACAAUAAAAAAGGUACCAACAAAGGACGCCAGUGCCAGGAGCUACCCCUAACAUGCUUUUUGCAUUUAGCCUUUGCACGGGAUGAGUUGUGUAGCUCUCUCGUCACACGGCCAGCAUUCUGAGCAGUGGAGGUGGUUUUAUUUUUAAGAGGGAUGCACUGCAAAACAGCAGCGGUCACCGUGCAAGUCCACCUGACUCUCAUUCCGUGUUCACACGUGCGGGAUAACCACAACAGCAACAACUAAUGGUGUCGGGUUAUGAAAGGACCAGCCAUGGCUUUAUGCAGCACAGUGCCAACAGGAGUUCUUAUCGAAACAGAACUCCCUAAGCCUGGUCAUAGGAGCUGUCUUCAGAACACCUCGGUCCAGUCUCAACAGCUAUUUUGUUUAACGUGGGGAAGAGCUAGCAAGGGUUUCCCUUCUGGCUCCCCCAGACUUGAAUGUCAAGUACUGUACCAGUAAUAACAAUAAUAAAUAGUGAAUAACUCAGACAUUGUCAUAGAUAUUUUUUAUUAUGGAUAUGUGUAUUCAAGAUAAAUUAUUUUAAAGGGAACAAAUUCUGGUUUGUUUUCUUUUUCUGACAAUAGUUCACUGAGAGGACCAUCUUGAAUGCUUUAUAUUUAGGUAUUGACUGUUGGCUUGAUGUGUAAGCAGACAGUUUUCUUUUUGGAUAGAUCUGCCCUUGAGGAGCAGGGUGGCUUCCAUAAGAAAACUGCCUGCAAUACCAAUUAAAUUACCCCACCAUUUGAUAUCCAGUUUUGAUAUAUAUUCAGAACUGGCACUUUUCUAAAGCAAAGGUAGAACUAUAUUAUUUGAUCUACAUCUCAAAGGCAUUUAAGGCAAAGCAGUUAUCAGAAAUUGUUACACGGUGUCUGGACAAGUUAUCCUUCUGGGGUCACCUUUGAAGAGGGUGGCUGUUGCAUGUUUGAAAAAGUUGUCAGAUUGUUGUCCCCAAGCCGUGUCUAAUGAUGGUACUGUAUUUGUUUCUAAAAUACUUCCGCACACAAAAAAACUCAUCUGUCUAACUUGUUACGUUGUUCUUUGAAGUUUUGUUUUUACUCAAUAUCAGAAUGAAAAAUGCUAGUUUGCUUGUAGACUAGAGGAAGAGCUAUGACCGCAUACAGAUUUAAACUGUAGGUGGGGGAGGCAUGGAAACUGUCAGGAAAGGUUGUCUUUUUCUUUUCUUUUAAGAGGCCAAAAUGUAAAGUAUGGCAGGAAAUGUGAUGAGUUGUAAACAUGUAGAUAUAGACAUCUUUUUUUUUGACAUUGGAAAAUAAAUAGCAAUUAUUUAUUUAUUUAUAUGAUGGGCUUCAUAUGUUUUUCCAUGCAGUGGUGAUGGUGAUGAAAAGCAAGUCUGUUCUCAUUGAAAAAAAGAUGCAACUGAUGUACUUUCCAAAACACUGUUAUCUUGAAGGUCAAUGUGCUUCAUUGUAUGAAAUGCAAAAUAGACAGGACGUUGCAUUCAAUAUUGUUAACACAUUUUUCUUCUAGACUGACUCCUGUUUGCAGUGUUUACUCAGUAUUAAACUUGUAAAUGUACCUCAAGGAAGCCUUUUUAAAUUGUGCACCGCACUUAACCAAGUUCACAACAUUCAGACUUAACAACGGCUACUGGAACAGCAUAUCUCAUUUCUUGUUAACACAUUUACUCAUUUUAAGUAAUUGGUUGGGGAUUAUUUGCUUAAAAUAAAGAAAAGGAAAGAUGAAA